AUGACAUGUAUCAUUUCUCAAAACUACUGCUCUCAAAGAGUUUAUAAAGCUAUUAAAAAAGGAGGGUCAACUUUACGCUCAGAUGAAAUCAUAUCAAAUCAUACCGUCAACUCAGAAUUUGUCAAGAUAGAAUGUCUCGAGCUCUGCCAAAAGGAACCGAAAUGUGUUGGAUUCAACUACAGAGACAAGAUGAAUGUUGUGAACUGCCAACUGGCCACCCUCAUUGGCAAGACAAAUCACACCGCAAUAAAGGGAGAAGGAGAAUGGAUACUAAUGAACGACGAUAAAGCAACGGCAGAAGAAAAGAGAAAACGUGAGAUUUUGAAUUCAGCUACCAGCUGCGCCUAUCUUUACAACGAAGGAAUAAGACAAGAUGGUAUUUACACUACCAAUCCAGACAGCCAGGGAUCGUUUCAAGUCAGAUGUGAUAUGAGCAUAGACGGGGGUGGCUGGACCAUGUUCCAAAGAAGAAAAGAUGGAAGUCAAGAUUUCUACCUUGGAUGGUCAGACUAUAAAGCAGGCUUUGGUGAUCUUAACGGCGAGUUCUGGUUGGGGCUUGAUAAAAUACAUCGUUUGACGAAAUCUGGCCAAAAUGUUCUAACAGUUGAUUUGAUGGAUUUCAAUGGCGCUAAACGUUACGCUAAAUAUGGAACAUUUAGUGUGGCUAAUGAAUCAGACAAAUACAGAUUGAAUAUUGCCAGUUAUUCAGGAAACGCAAAUGAUUCCCUUCUUUGGCACAACGGAAUGAACUUCAGUACCAACGAUAGCGACAAUGAUGUUCGACCAGAUAAGAAUUUUGCUUCGAUGUUCCAAGGUGCUUGGUGGUACAAUAACGGUCAUCAAUCCAACCUUAAUGGCAUGUACCUGGGUGCAGGUCAGCAACAUAACCGUGGGAUAAAAUGGAACAAGUGGCAUAAUCAUUCAAUGAAAAUGACGGAGAUGAAAAUUCGUCCAAGUCAGUUUUAAUGUAUUCCUGCACCAGCAUUACGAACAAACAUUACCUUGUUUUCGAUGCUUUCGAGCACGUUAUAUAUCAAAGUAUAGUGAUGUAGAAAUAGUAAUAUAAUAA